AUGGCUCUAUCUACAGUAGCCACUGUCUCUUUCGCUGGCUCGUUGAGCCAGUCACAAGCAGCCAAUGGGCAGCUUUCAUCCGGAACCAACCUAUUAGCUCCACAGCUGCUCAUGUUAAAUUAUCCGUGCUCACGAGACGAACCCGCGAACCGGCGCUCAGUCGCGGUGAAGGCGCUCUUCGGCUGGGGCAAGCCCAAGGCCGACCCGCCGUCCAAGUCUCCCCCGAAAAAGUCACCUCCGGCUAAGGGAAAGGUGUCCAGAGCCUCGUGUAGCACCUGCAGGGGCACGGGCGGUGUGGAUUGCCCCGUCUGCAAGGGGACGGGGAAGAGCAAGACCAAGGGAAACAUGCUGGAGAGAUGGAAGUGCUACAAGUGCCAGGGGUUCGGCCUGGUUGGCUGCCCCACCUGCGGGUCAGGAGGGCUCACCCCAGAGCAACGGGGAGAACGAUAA